GCCUAGCGGACCGGAAGGUCAGAGGCGGCCAUGUUGGUACACCUAAUGAAGAAAGGAAACUGACCCUCUUUGCUAAACCAACAUGGCGGCCUUCUUGACUAGAAGGACAGCGUUAGAUGUCCUGAAGACUGCUGUCAGGCUACAGCGCCCAUACAGCGGGUCGGGAUCUGCUGUGACAUCUCAGUACCCGGGUAUUAUAGAGUCACAUGAUGAGUAUCGCUUUGUGGAGCGCCUCAUCCCAUCUCUUCAUGUGCCCAUCCCACCAAAGCACACAGGAGUAGCCCCGUCUGGGUGGAUCCCCCCUAAAGAUACACCUCCCGAUCUCCCUUAUUUUGUGAGACGCUCCCGAAUGCACAACAUUCCAGUGUACAAAGACAUCACUCAUGGUAAUCGUCAAAUGACUGUUAUCCGCAAGAUUGAAGGUGACAUAUGGGUUCUUGAAGCUGAAGUACGAGACUUUUUGACCCAGCUAACAGGAAAGACACCAGCAACACAAGUUAAUGAGAUCAGCAGGGCCAUCAAAGUCAAAGGAUACUUUGAUAAAGAGCUACAGACUUGGCUUGCAGAGAAAGGCUUUUAACAUGGGUAGCACUGAGAACCUCUUCACUGGGAAAGUGGAAAUGGUGUAGCCACUGCAAGCAGAAGUGACUGUGCUCACAAGUUCUGCCUGUGGUUGCCGCUACAAAUAUACUUGUAAAAUAGACAAAACCUUUCAAAAUUAUUGUAAAUAUGUUUCUUGCAAAUAAAGCAUUGUUUUGCAAUAUGUGUAAA